AUGUCCUCCUGCAGCCAGCAGCUCAGCUCCCGCUGCUCCCCACCCUGCGAGAUAGCCUGCCCACAGCCCCUCGCCAGCGCCUGCAGCCAGCCCUGCGUCACCUCCUGCGGGGACUCCCGUGCCGUGGUCUACCCGCCGCCCGUGGUCAUCACCUUCCCAGGCCCCAUCCUCAGCUCCUGCCCACAGGAGAGCUUCGUGGGCACCUCAGCCCCAGUGGAGCUGGGCCGCCCCAGGGGUCUGCAGGGCUCUCUUAUCUAUGGGAGCUCCUUCUCCUCCUCCUCCACCAGCCAGCUCUGGAGGCAGCGCUACGGGGGCUGUGGGCCAUGCUAA